AUGGCUUUUUCAAUUUCUUUACUGAUGGCACUAGUGUUGAUCUUGUCCCACCCUCUGACCUCCAUUAGCUGUGACCUGCCUCAGAGCUUUGACUUGGGAAAGCAGGACAGCUUCACAGCUCUCAACCAAGUGGUGACGCUCUCUCUUUCCCGUCUGAAAUACAGGACUGACUUCAAAUUCCCCCGGGAGCAGCUGGAGGGCGGGGAGUUCCGGGAGGCCCAGACCGCCGCCGCCGUCCUGCGGGAGCUGCUCCAGCAGACCUUCAACCUGUUGCACACGGAGCGCUCCUCGGCGGCCUGGAGCCCCGCGCCGCUGCACCGACUCCGCUCUGGCCUCCACCUGCAGCUGGAAGCCCUGGACGCCUGCUUGGUGCAGGCCACGGGCGAGGGAGAGCGCGCCCCGGGGAUGCACGGCCCUGCCCUGGCCAUCAAGAGGUACUUCCAGGACAUCCGCGUCUACCUGGAGGACGAGGGAUACAGUGACUGCGCCUGGGAAAUUGUCAGACUGGAAAUCAGGAGUCGCUUUCUCUUCAUUUACAAGCUCGCCAUAGUGAAACACGCGUGGACAGCAAUCCGCAGCGCCUCCAAGGCCCCCUCGCUGCGCCCCAACCGCCAGAAGGGGGCGCCCAAACUCUUCAUAACCGUCUGA